AUGACAACCGAUCAAAAGCACUCAUCUGAUAGUGCACCCAGCGAGCAGGAUGCUAGUAGACGUAUUGAGAAAAUAAUCCAGUUAUUUGGGCAAGAUGAGCAGAAUGCAGGAGCAUAUAGAGCACUUUCUGGAGAAAUUAGGGCACUCGAGAAAAAAAUAGAAGAUUAUUAUUCCUGGCAUAAAAACCUUAAAAAGGAAGUUAAUCGACUAGAAAAAUAUAUAGAAAAACGUAUAGACUGGUUAAAGGAUGACGUAGGCGAAUUACUUGCUAUGAGGCAUUGCAAUUGUAGCAAAGAAUCCAUAAAUAGUUCAUCUGAGUGUAGUUCAUCCGAGUCCAGUUCAUCUGAGUCAAGUUCUUCUGAAGAAACUAUUACAAUAGUGGAGGAAUUCGAGGAAUCCGAUUCAGAUUAUACACUAUGCAAAGGAUCUAUUGGCCCCAAAAAGAAGAUUCACAAAGUGAACUCAGGAAAAGAUCUUAAAAAAUAUUGCAGUAUAAAUAAUAUAUGGAAAGAUGAAGUGAUUCGAGAAAUUCGCAGAAGAUUAAUAGUAGAUUGUACAUUCACUUGUGCUAAAAUAUCUGUUAAGGCAUUGAUUGUCUCUAAAUCCAAGCAUAAUAGUAUCAGUAAAUCUCUUGCUAAAAAAAUAGAUUUAUAUAUUUCUAGAGAAUUUGGUUCAAGAUAUCCCGCAGUAGUAGAACUUGGCAUUAACACAACAAAUGCUGGCAAGAAAGUGAUGGUAAGAGGGUGGGUUCAUAGAGAAAAUGUUUCUGUUUCUUUGCCAAAUAUAUUUGAUGGGUUAAAACCCCCUUCAUAUUUGGGAACGGAUACAGCAACUUUUGUAGUUGUUGACAAGCCUGAAUAUGAUUUGGUUUUAGAGAAAAGACUUUAUUACGUAAGAAAUGAUAUUGAUAUACUAUCUCCUUCGUUAUAUACAUUCUAUGAAUUAGUAUUUCCUAGUUUUACUGAGAUUAAUUCGGAUGGGGAAGUUAUAAUAACCAAGUUUAAACGUGAAUUCGAUGGUCUAAGUGAAUAUUAUGAUUCGGAUUAUACUGAAACAGAAUCAUCUAACGAUUCUUCUGAUAUUGAAACUGAAUCGGGGGAUGAAGUUACCUAUAAUAAUAAUCUUCCUCCUCCGAUGAUUAUGGACUCACCUGAUAGCCCGAAUAAUUUUAUUAGCACAUUUAGUGAUUUUCUUAAACAGAAUGGUGGUGCUAAUAAUAAUUUUAUUUCUGCAUUUCUCAAUCAGGAAUUAGCACAAUACUCUUUGGCCGAGCAAUGGUACUCUACCGAUCUAACUAAUCCAACACUCUGGAAUGACAAUGUAGUUAUGGAAAAGGGUCCUGACAGACCAAGCGACAUGUAUUAUUAUCCGUCAUCUAAGAACGCGGAUAUGGAAAUAGAAAAUCCUACAACUUCAGAAAUGGUAUUCGUUAAAAUACAUGACAAAAUAGUUCAGGCUGAAAAAAUUCUUGAAGAAAAAACACGUGAAGUGUCCUGCGCAGAAUAUGAAGUUCUCGAUUCUUACUAUCUUCUCGGGGAAGUAUUAGUGAAAAAACUAGCUGAAUUUGAAACUAACCACCCUCUUCAAACCGCUCGAACUUUGCUUAAUCAAGAAAUUAAACGUCAAUUUCCCUCCGACAUGUCUCGUAACGUCUUUAACAAGAAGAAACGCUCAGCUAUGAAUAUUUACAAGAUAUUCAGCACGGAAGGUUUAGGAAGAGACAAUAUCAAGCGAAUUAGAAAUUUUAAACCAUCAACCUUUGGAAGAUUUAGCGAUAAAAUAAUGAAGGUCAUUCAAGAAAGAGUUAGAACUACUUUUUUUAAAUCAAAUGGGCUUGAAGAUCAAUUAGAAAAUUUAGAUCUAGAUGAGGGAAGAGAACCAAUGUUAACUGAUUAA